AUGAGCAAGGAAGAGUCGGUCCUUGACUGGGAUCUCACGUUCACCGCGGACGAGGACGCCGAAGAGGAACUCGCGGACGAGCCCGAGCCCAUCAACAAGGCUCUCAUUACCGACGAAACAAUCAAGCAAUGUCGCAUCAUCGCCUCCGUUCGCUGUGUCGAGUAUGGCAUGAUCGGAACCGCGCCAGGCAAGAUGUCCCCUGCCUUGUUGCUCGUCUUCGCGUUCGCCUUUCAUCCGUUCUCAUCACGAAUCAAACAAGCUGAUGUGGACCUUCAAUUCGACAAUGGCAUCAUUGCCAUCCUCCAACCCGAAACUGUUGACGAUUCGGAGAGCGAGCUGUCGGUUCGAAACAAGUUGUACGGCUCAUUCAGCAUUGGCCAUGAUCCGGUCCACCUCGACCUCGGCGCCGAAAGGGAGACGGAACGGACAAUAAAGUUUGCGUUGAGGAUCAGAGGAUCAGGACGAGACACAGAUGUCGCAACUUGGACGUUGAAGGAGAACCCACAGCUGAAGGAAGGUAUACAUUUGGGCUUUACAGCCGUCGUUAUCUUGGAGUCGGAAGGAGAAGUUAACGUGAAUUUGGAAGUGCGGGCAAAGAUUGGCGUCACUGCGAAGAAUGUCUUGGGCAUUCGGAAGAUCAUCACACGGAAGCAGAAGAGCUUUGACGGAAAGACCGCUCUCGGAAUCAGACCAGAGACCUUAAAGAUUGAUGAGGGAAUCUUCAAGACCGGCUCGCAAGCUUGA